UCACCUCUCACACACACAAUGAGCUAACGAGAGCUGAUACUCCGUUGGCAUGCUCCAAGGCUCGAGCGAUGGAGCGAGCAGUGUUGCUGUUGCACGCGACGACGGCGUUGAUGUCAACGCGGUAAAGAAGAAGAAGCGCAAGGAACAUAGCGCAACAGGUUUCUACGCAGCUUCUAUGAGAGCUAUCAGUGCCCGCGCGUUGACCUUUUGGUUUCGUGCACCUGCCAAAGCCUUCUUCCGAUCGAGGAUAGAUUAUAUGGGCUAUGCGCGAGCCAUCAAUCCUCAUGUCCGAGCAGGUGAAUCCUGGAGCUGGAGAAUGACCUCCCCGGCCCUGCUCUAUAGUGCAGUGCAGCGGCAAGGCUGGAAGUUCUUUCCGAAUCAGCUACUCCCUCCGCUUCUGGCCAACACCGCGAUUGGAGCCGCUCUCUACACGGCCUAUCUACAGACCCUCGGAAUGUUGCAUGAGCCUUCCUCACGACCCAACAAGCGCAUCUACCCUCCUCCGUCCUUCCAGACCUGCUUCGCUGCUGGCAUGGUCGCUGGAACCGUCCAAUCCCUCUUCGCAGCCCCGCUAGACGCCCUUCAGACUCGCUUCCAAUCAUCCGAGAUGCAGGUAGGCAAAUACCGGGACAUGUGGCAGUAUGCACGGCUCAAGCUCCUCGAGAUCGGUCCUCGCGGAAUCUUCGCCGGCUGGUCGCUGUCCCUGGCCCGCGACUCCCUCGGUUCCGGUUUCUUCUUCGCCACAUUCGAGGUCGUCAAGUCGCAAGCCUUUUACGGCUUCGUCAGCACCUAUUACGGCUCGUUAUCGAAACUCUCCACUCGCCAGCGUGAGUCUAUCUCAGCCCAGCAGGAACUGUACGCACGUCCUGAGAUACGUCCGCACUACAUGGUCGAGCCAACAUUCCUCCUCCUCGCCGGCGCAACGGCUUCGAUCGCUCAGGCACUGGUCCAUCAUCCCGUGUCUCGCAUACAAGACGUGCACUACCGUCGUCUAGAAUGGAUCGACGGACACUCCCAUGCGGUCCACCAAUCCCGCGAAGCACGACUUUCCGUGUUGAAGGUCUACGCUCAAGCGUACCGCAAAACGGCGCGAUAUUGUCUCGUCCUGGCGCGGCGAGCGGGAGGAUUGCGGCAAUGGGUGUACCGGGACUUUUGGUUGAAUACUCUGCGGCAGGUUCCAAGUACGAGCGCAGGGCUUAUCGUGUUUGAAAUUGUGAGGAGGAAGUAUGCGAGUGAGGAGGACGCGGUGAGGAUACCAAAGGGCGGAUACGAUAUCGUGCUGUUCUGAAAGCAUAGACGAAGAUCAUGGAACCGUGUCAUUCGGUCGUUGCCGACCGUUUUCUCUCUCUG